AAAAUUUAGCUCCUGAUGAUGUAAUUGUAGAUUGGUUAAGCUUCGAUUACGGAAAUGAUGAUAAAAAUCCAGUAAAAAAUGUCACAUUUUACUACUUUAAUGACGACACAGAGUCAUUCGAAAUUAAAGAAAUUAAGGGGAAGGAUGUAAGCUAUUUUCUCCCUAUAGUUUACAAAGAAGAAAUAAUUCGAAUAUAUCUACGUACUAAAGAAGAGGAUAAAAAGGAUGAAUUAAAAAAAAAAGUUAAAUCAAUUAAAUAUUAUGUUAGUGAGAUAGUAGAAGAAUUAGGCCUAAUUGAGAGAGAAGAGGAAAGUAACAAGGAAAGUGAACAGGGUAAUGAUAACAUUGACGAUGAAAUGAUUAGAAAGGACAAAAGACCUAAUACUUCUGGUGAAACAUCUCAGUCAAAGAAGACUGCCGUGGUGUCUGAUAAUGGUUCAAAUGUCCGUGUUGCUCGGGAAAUUCUUUGCAAAAAAUAUCCACAUAUUUUAAAUCUUCGAUGUAUGCCACAUUGCAUUAAUUUAAUUACUGAGGAUUUAUGCAAGCAUAAGUUUGUUAUAGAAAUGAUUCAUAAAAUAGGUGUUCUUCAUAAAUACUUUACAAAAUCUCAUGUGGCAU